AGAGAAUUAAGAUUUGUUUAUUGUCAGAGAUGGACAUUGAUGACGAUGACCCACCUGCGCAUUUUCUACCCUUCUCUGCUCAAAGCACCAUUCAGUCAAAAUGAGCUCGUAUCCAUCUUUGCUUACUACAAAUACCUCAAAAUUAGUCUUAAUUGGCUGUGAACACUUGGGAGAAAGAGAGAAUGAGUGGGAUAGGGAAGGUGGUGUGUGUAACAGGAGCAUCAGGCUACAUAGCCUCAUGGCUGGUUAAGCUGUUACUAAAUCAGGGAUACACUGUUAAUGCAUCUGUUCGUGACCCAAAUGAUCCACAGAAAACAGCUCACUUGGUUGCACUAGAUGGAGCUAAAGAAAGACUUCAUUUGUUCAAAGCAAAUUUAAUGGAAGAAGGCUCUUUUGAUUCUGCUAUCAAUGGCUGUGAUGGGGUUUUUCAUACAGCUUCUCCUGUACUCGAUUCAAGCUCAACCGUUGAUCCACAGGCAGAACUAAUUGAUCCAGCUGUGAAUGGAACAUUAAAUGUUUUGAGAUCAUGUGCAAAAGUUCCAUCCACGAAGAGAGUGGUUAUAACUUCUUCCAUUUCUGCUGUUUUUGAGAAAGGAAUACCUCUAACCCCUGAUGUGGUAGUUGAUGAGACAUGGUUUUCUGAUAUUGCUCACUGUGAGAAAAACAAGUGUUAA